AUGUCCCUUCUACAGAGGUCCCAUCUUUACACAGCAGUAGAAUGUAGGAGUCCAUCGACUAGAGCUGUUCUUGGUCGACGUCACAAUGGGAGGUUCUUAUUGGUCAGUGCCAUGGCCGUCAGGCACAACAGCUCACAGAUCCCAAGUGAAACCCUUCCCACGGCAUCUCCAGUGCUGGAAGCAUCUAUCCCCAGCACCGUAGUCAUGGAUCCCGCUUCUAUAAACACACAGCCAAUCGCUGAGCAGGUGUUUGAGGCUGCACCAACCGUAGUGGAUGUUCUGCAGGGGGUGGGAGUAGAGCUUAGCCUAUCAGAGCUGGGCCUGGGGAGCGCCACCCCUGUGGGCCUGGUCCAGAACCUACUGGAGUUCAUGCAUGUGGACAUGGGGAUGCCGUGGUGGGGAGCUAUUGUUGUAGGCACAGUGCUGGCCCGCAUCAUGGUGUUCCCGGUCAUCGUGAAGGGUCAGAGGGAGGCGGCCAAGCUGAACAACGUUAUGCCAGAGAUGACCAAAUUCACCAACAAGAUGAAUGAGGCCAAACAGAGCGGAAACAAGUUUGACUUUGCUAAGGCAUACUCUGACCUGACCGCUUUCCAGAAGAAGCAUGACGUCAACCCUCUCCGUGGCUUCCUGGUCCCUCUGGUGCAGACUCCAGUCUUCAUCUCGUUCUUCAUUGCUCUCAGAAAGAUGUCCCACCUCCCUGUCCCCAGUAUGCAGACAGGAGGGUGCUUGUGGUUCUUAGACCUCACAGCAGCAGACCCCUUCCACGUCCUCCCCAUCGCUGUGACAGGAACAAUGUUCGCCAUCCUGGAGUUGGGGGCAGAGUCUGGUGUGGAUAACCCUAACCUGAAAGCCAUGAAGACAGUGUUCAGAAUCAUGCCCUUCAUCAUCCUCCCCCUCACCAUCAACUUCCCCACUGUCGGUUGCUCUCUUAUUUCUUGCGCCCCCUGUGGCACAGUACCUACUACUCCCCACCAGAGUCCUGGGUUUUGCUUCUCCCUGGCCCAGGUGGCCCUGCUCAAACACCCACUGGUCAGACAGAAGCUGAGGAUCCCCGAGAGGAUCAAACACCCGGCUUCUGCCCUGCCCCAGAAUGAAGGCUUCAUCCACACCAUCAAGAAGGGCUGGAAGAACGCUCAACUGGCCCAGCAGUUAGACGAGAGUGAGGGGAGUAUGAAGAGCCACCUGGACAUCACUUCUAAAGGUCCACUGAGGCAGACCUUCACCCACAACCCUCUACAGAAGUCAACACCUUCCAUUGCAGCAGCAACAACAACAACAACAACAACAACCAAGUCAGCCAAAGCAAAACAAGCGGCCCCGGCAAACGGUGGUAAGGAGGAGACUAUUGAUUGAAGAAGAGUGACAGACAGUUUGAAGGCCCAAUGAAUCAUGUGUACAUAUUUAUUGAGGGGGAUUGGUAGAGGACAUGGACACGGAGGGUUUAUCGUUUAUAAAUGUAAUAUUAUAAAUGUAAUAUUCUAAAUAAAGAGCUAACUUCCGUUGCCUUAUAAUGUCUAUGAUAGCUUGGAUUCUUA